CUCUCAACUCAGUUAUUCUCAAUCGUAUCUCAAUUUUGUUAUUCGGUUUAUUAGGGUUUUUGUUGUUUCCCAACAAGUCUCUCGCUAACCCAAGGUUUUUCUCCCAAUGGGAAGAUAUCGUAGCCGUAGCAGAAGUUUCAGCCCUCGCCGCCGUAGCAGAACCCCACCUCGCGGUCGCAAGCGUUAUGAUGAUGAUCGCCAUCCUGAAACCAGGUCUCGCAGAGACCGUCGUUCUCCUCUCCCUUCUGGCUUACUCGUUCGUAAUCUCCCCCUCGAUGCUAGACCUGAAGAUCUUAGGGGGCCAUUUGAACGCUAUGGUCCUGUGAAGGAUGUUUACCUUCCUAGAAAUUAUUACACUGGGGAACCUCGUGGCUUUGGAUUUGUGAAAUAUCGAUAUGGCGAAGAUGCGGCAGAGGCAAAGCAACAUCUGAAUCACAGUGUCAUUGGUGGACGCGAAAUAAGAAUUGUGUUUGCUGAGGAAAAUAGGAAAACCCCUCAAGAAAUGCGUGUCACUUCUCAUGGAAGUAGCCGAAAUGGAGGUGGUAGCAGAAGGAGAGCUCGGUCAAGAUCUCCACGGCGUCGUUAUCGAUCCUACUCUAGGUCUCCAUCACCUGCCAGGGACAAUUCAAGGGAUGACAGAGGUAGGGAUGGUUAUUCUCCAGAGCGAUCAAGAUCUUAUUCUAGGUCUGUUUCUCCCGGUGGUCGGAAGGAAGACAAAAUGUCCCCUCGUGCCUCCCCUGGUGGUAGGAAGGACCGCAGGGGGUCCUCUCGUGCCUCUCCGGAUGAUGGGAAGGAUGACAGGAGGAGCCCUCGUGCCUCUCCUGGUGUUGGGAAGGAUGACAGGAGGUCCUCUCGUGCCUCUCCAGGUGGUGGGAAGGACGACAGGAUGUCACCUCGUGCCAGGGAGAAUGGUCGAAGUCCAAAUGUUAAGGAAGAUCAGGCACCUACCAGAUCUGAGAGCCCUAGGGACAAAGAUCACAGUCCUUCAAGGUCUCGCUCACGGUCAUACAGUCCACGCUGAUUUUCCACCAAGCAUGUGAAGUACUGGAGAUAAAUUGAAAGACACUGAUGAAUCUGUUAUGUUUAUUUUAGACUGUUGAAAACAAUUCCAAUGGAUAAUAGUUUUUGACUUGGUCUGCCAUUUUAGUAGAUACCGGCUUAAGUCCAUUUUGUCUGUUUUCUGAAUACUGGUUUUUUGUUAUUCCACAGCAGAUUCCCCUACUAUGGAUAAUUAGUUAAGGUUGAUGUUUUAAUAUUUAUUGUUUGUCUA